AUGAACUUUCUCUUUUAUACUAACAAAACAAAAGAGAACAAUAUAAACCUUGAGAACUUAGAGAGUGACCCAGUAACGCUGAGUAUACACCUAGAAGAGAAAUAUGCAUGCAGCGGUGAUGUAUUUAAAGCUAUAUUUAGAUUGAAAGGACCUAGGAAAUACUUUGGAAAUGUUAAACUGGAUUAUAUAGUUAUAUAUAUAUAUGGAAUGUAUAUAUUUAAUAACGAGGUAUUAUAUAUAAAUAGUAAUGAUCUGAUUGGGAAACAAGAUAGAUUAAAUUUUCCGUUUUAUCGUAGGAGAGAUAUAAAUGAACAGAAGUUUUUAAUCUUUUAUACUAACUCUAUAAUAUUAUGUACAGAUAUAAAUUUUGAAAAACCCGAUGAUUUAUCUUAUUACCUUUUAGAAUGUAUAUUACCGCCUUUUGUACCCCCAUCAUAUAAUGGAAAAAAUGUAAAAUUUAAGUAUUACAUAUAUGUACAGUCAGUUAAACGAUUAUAUAAAAAUAGAAAAGAAUUUAUUACAAAGAAAUCUGAAGCUUAUUUCCCCAUACAAGUUCUAAGCGCUAAGUAUCAUACUUCACCUAUACUUAAUUUUUCAUGCUUCCCUAUAAAACCAUUGGAUCUAAAAAUAGAUAACAAGGGAAAUAAUUAUAAGUAUUUCUUCCACAACUUUCAUAUUAUAAUUAGGGAUUCAAAGAGGGAUAGCAUAACUGGGAGUUAUGGCGGCUUUAGGUCGAAUGAUUGUAUAGGAAGUGCCUUCAUAGAAAGUGAAUGUAAAGAUAGCGAAACCAAAGAAAGCGAAUAUAAAGCUGGUUUCUUUAAAAGCAUUUUCUUUAAAGAUAGUGAAAGUAAGAACAGAAAUUAUAAAGAUGAGGAUACCAAAGACGAUUACACCAAAGAUAGUAAUUCCAAAGAUUAUGACUACAAAACCUACAGCAGUAAUAAACGCGCAAUGGUAAACGCUCUGCAGAAAGCUAGCUUUAAUAGUAUGAAUAUCCCGACAUAUAUUUACAACAAUGCGAACAAAACAAACUUAGAAUGCUUGUUAUGUAUCUAUAACAUUUGCUGCCAGAGGAAAGAAGAUUCUUCUCUUUAUUUACUGAACUAUGUUGUUUACAAUUACAAUUACUUUUAUUUUUUGCACUUGUUUUUUUACAUAGUAUACCACUACGACUACUAUAUCGGUAAAGUUAGAACCAAUCCGCGUAUGAAGAAAGGCUUACCUUUUCGGUCCCUUAUAAACAUGUUACGGAACUGUAAUAGUAAUACUUUAAAAGAGGCGGGUGGUAGUGGCUGUAAGGGCUUGUCAGAUGUGCCAUCAUUGGUUUUAAAUCGAUCAUCGUCCCCCGUACUUGGAAUAGAGAAGAAACAGGGAGGGAAUCCCUUACCAAAGGAGGACUCUGCAAAUAAAGAGCGAAAUGGAACAUGCAUAGCAAGCGCAGCGUGCACAGGUGAGGGGCACACAAGUGGAACAUUCGGAGAUAUGGAUACAGCAUUUAAUAAUAGCAGUAGGGGUAGAAGCACGAGUAGAAGUAAUAAAUGGGAUCAAUAUUGCUCAGGUGAACAAGCAGAUGAUCAGCGUCAUCAUCAACAACAGAAGUAUCAUGAGCAUCACCAUCACCAGGAGGAUGAUGCAUUUUUGGAGUGCCCUCUAAAUAAUAUCGUCCUGUAUGAUGAUGACGAUUUGAACCAUUUUUAUUUUUGCAAUUAUGAUGACUUUAUGUUCAAUGAAGUGAAAUAUGUGCCUAUACGAUGGUAUGACAACCUAGUUUUAGACAAAGCUAAAUAUGUGUAUGCAAAAGGUAGUGAGAGUAAUUUUGCCAACAUAAAUUUUGACAGCUACUCACAGUCGGAGCAAAGUACAUGUAGCGAUGAAGAGGAGGAGGGAGAAGGAGAGGGAGACGCCGUUAACUGUCCAGCUCCUCAGGUGCGUGCUCACAACAAAAGGCACAGUAGUAAUAACUACGGUAGUGACGACAAUCACAGCAGCAGUAGAAGCAGCAGUAGCAGUAGCAGCAGUAGCAGUAGCAGCAGAAGCAGUAGCAGCAGUAGCAGCAACAACAACAACAACAACAACAACAACAACAACAACAACAACAACAACAACAACAACAACAACAACUGUAGUAGAAGCAGUGCAAAUGAAGACAUACCAGGUGAAAUGCAUGAGGAAGGAAUGGGCCAGAGCAGUGAUAGCAAAAGAAGAAGGGGAACCCAUUCAGAGGAGGGUGAUAGGGGCAAUGAGGACCAUGACAAAAUUAGGCAAGAAACGAAAGGAGAAACAAAAAGUAAGAGAAGCAAUGAAGGACAGCAUAGGAGCAACAGUGAAGGACAAGAUAAGAGCAACAACGAAGGACAAGAUAAGAGCAACAACGAAGGACAGGAUAAGAGCAGCAACGAAGGACAGGAUAAGAGCAACAACGAAGGACAGGAUAAGAGCAACAACGAAGGACAGGAUAAGAGCAACAACGAAGGACAGGAUAAGAGCAACAACGAAGGACAGCAUAGGAGCAACAACGAAAGACAAGAUAAGAGCAACUGUAUAGUAUAUUACGAUAAAAAUUUUGAAAAAAUGAAUACCAUAAUAAAACAUAUGUAUGAAGAAAACAUGUUCAGGUGUAUUAAUACAAAAAAAAUAAAAUCAUGUUCUUUAUCAAAUGCAAAUAAUACUAGUACAGAUUCAUUUCUGCUUAAUAUAGACGAAGAAAAAAAGAAUGCGCCUUUUAAUAAUCCAUCUAAAAAUGUAUAUAGGAUAAACUCGAAUAAUAAAAAUAUUUGUUUUAUUACAGUAACGGAUGGAAUAAAUAAUAAUAUAACAAAUACAUUUACACCUAAUAGUAUUAUUAAUAUAAAUAUAGAUUUUAAAAAUGCGGAGAUACAUACUUUACAUGUAGAUGCUUAUCUAGUAAGAAUUGAAAAAAUUAAAAUAAACCCCAAAAUUUUAACUAUUACAAGAAAUAGAUUGUAUGAUGAAAAUGAUGCUUUAGAAGAAGGUUAUUCAUCACUUGACUCAGAUAAUUCUUCAUAUAAUGUUAUAUCGAAUAAAAAAAUUAUAAUGCAACAGAAUGUUUCUACCUUGUAUUGCUCUGAAAAAAAUAUUAGUAUUACAUUAAACGAUGAAAUAAUACCAACAUUUAGAAAUGACCUUGUAAAAAUUCAAUAUUUUAUUGAAACAGACUUUUUUUGUUUUAACAACAGCAAUAAUGCUUUUGAACCAUUUUCUCAUAACAAAGUACUGGAUCAUGUGUACAGUCUGAAAUUCCGUAUUCCUAUAUUUGUUAUACAGGGAGUACAUGACAGUUUGUAUGAAAACAACUCUAAUGUAGAUAUACCUUGGCAUAAUACUACAAACAGUAAAUUGCUUGAGCACCAACUUUUUUUGAAAUACAAUCAUAAGUUUACCUACACGGAUAAGAAGCAAUUUGUGAAGAGCAUGAAAAUGUAG